AUGGCGGACAAAAUGGAGAUUCCGGCGAUGAUGGACGCAAUCACGGCCGAGUUGCUCGAUAUGAUCAGGCCAGCCAUCCAAUUGAUCGCUAAACCGAGAGAAGAGGAAAAACCGCCGGUACUAUCGCAGAGAGGACUCCAAGUGCACGCUGAUUUCAAUGUGAAACUGAUUGGAAUGCUCUCAAAAGGAUUGGAAGCCGAAAACCGACGGAGGCGAUAAACGAAGUUGUCAAGGCCCUCAGAGAUCGUAACAACGAGCUGGUCCUGCUCGACAAGAAUCCGGCGGCAUUCAGAAUGGUCGAAAAGCUCAAAGCAUUCAGAGAGGUCACCGGAGAUUCGCCAGAAACAACGGACAGCAUGUUCAUGCUGGCUUACCUGCUGAAUGACGACAAGGUCCAGAAGGAGCAUCCGCCAAGAGAAAAGCGGUUUUUUCGGAAAGCAGGCUUCUCCCACGGUCAAGGAGAAAUCCGCAACAACUACGGCUCAAAGAGCGGACCACCGAAAAAAGCAAGUUUUACAGUUUUCUCGGAAAUUUACAAUUUUUUUAAAAUCUCAGGGAUUUGAAGUGAGGAAACAGCGGCGGAAAGCGGGUGGAACACACUUACAACCGUGUUUCGCCACAGUGCCGCCGCUGUUUCGCCAGAACUCCGCCAGAACAGUGCGUCGUUUUCCGUUGCAACGGCGUUCCGCCGCCGUUUCGCCAAAGCUGCCGCCGCAGUGGUCUCGCCACGAUUUGAGUUUGGCGAAACAGCGUUCCGCCGCAGUUUCCUCAAAACGCCUCUUCCGCCGCUGUUUCCUCACUUCAAAUCCCUGAUUUGUUUCUGUUUCUAGGAAAAACAUGUUUCGGUGGUCCAACAUAAUAGAACUGGGCAGAAUAGAACCGCGACAUAAUAGAACCGCGACAUAUUAUAGGGGCACCGGACAGAAAGGGCGCGCUGUUCGCAAUCUGGCCGAAAUUCUAGGCCGCGAAGUAUUUUUCCACUGAAAACGUGGCCUAAAUUUUCGAACUCGGCCCCGAGGUCGCUCAAUUUGCACUGCAAAAAGAGUUUCUCAACAGAGCGCCAUUUCUGUGCGGUGCCCCUAUAAUAGUAGAACUGCGCAGAAAAGAACUGCGCAGAAUAGAACCGCGACAAAAUAGAACCGCAACAUAAUAGAACUGUUUUUGCGUAUUUAUAUGAGAAUUUUGUCCGUUCCUUUCAAUUAACUUUCGCAAAAUUUUUCGUCUCUCGAACAAUUAAGCAGAAGACCACAGUUUAUACCUAGAAAAUUAGUUUCCUUUCGUUUUUGAUAGUACAAUAAAAUUAUUUUCUGUGGGUUUUCGUUACCGUAGAGAAAAGGGAUCACGACAGAAGUGAAAUUAAUGAAUGCAAUAAAUCGAUCACGAGAUUCAAAAAUUAUCUUCUUCUACGAAAUAAUUAUUCUACAGAAACGUUUAAAAGACGCUCCAAACAGUUAUAUUGUGGCCGGUUCUAUUGUGUCGCGGUUCUAUUCUGCGCAGUUCUAUUAUGUCGCGGUUCUAUUCUGCCCAGUUCUAUUAUGUCGGACCACCCAUGUUUCGUCGAACUUUUUUUUAUAAAUUUCAGAAAUUUUCUUUUUCUUUUAUCGAUAGGACACUCAAACGGAUGCCUCUUUGCUUUCAAACUCCAAGAGAGAAUAGAAAAAUAUUUAUUGCUGUUGGGCUCCCUGAUCCCAGGAUAAAAUGUAAGCAUGUGCAAGUCGACAAAUGAUUUUAUCUGUGUUUUCAAGAAAACGUUUCCUAUCUUUCCAGACAAAAACCUUUCAGAAAAUGCACCGCAACUACCGCCACGACGACGACGAUGAGCAUUGGUUCAUCUGGACCGACGGAGCUUGCCCGAACAACGGAAGACCGAACGCGGUGGCCGGCUGGGCCAUUUUCUUCGGCGACGGUUAGAAAUUAGAAAUUUUUAAAUGUUAAAUUUUUUAUUCAGGCGACAGAAGAAACCGGAACGGAGGAGUCAUCGGCGUUCAAACCAACAACAUCGCAGAACUCGUGGGCGUGAAAAUGGCCAUUCUGACGGUAAAAAAUUCUUUGUUUUAGGUCAAAUGACAAAUCUGUGUUCAGGCUCGGAGAAGCCAAGUGUACCGCGUCACCAUCUUCACGGACUCGAGAUAUGUAGUCGAUUCGCUCAACAACUUCAUCAAUCUGUGGCGGAUCAACGGCUAUAUAAACAGCAACGGUCAGCCGGUUGCGAACAGAGAGUUGAUCCAGGAAAUCGAAGAGUUGAGAGAUUCCAUGGAUGUUCGUGAUUUCUUUUGGACUUUUACCUCAAUACAACAUUUUAAGGAGGUGAACAUCGUGCACGUUCCGGCUCACUGCGGAAAUUACAACAACGAGCGGGCGGACGAAAUGGCGAGAGAUGCGGCCGAUUCGCGUCGUCGUUAUUUGUUCAGUUUCCACUGA